AUGGCUGACGUUAUCAUCAGCGAGCUCGACGUUUGCCUUGACGAGGUGAAGUUCUACACCGACAGCAAGGUGGUACCCGGCUACAUAUAUAACGAGUCCAGGAGGUUCUACGUAUACGUAAGCAAUAGGGUCGAAAGUAUCCGGAAGUCAUGUCAGCCCAAACAGUGGAAUUAUGUUCCCACUGAACAGAACCCUGCCGACAUUGCCACACGGGCAGUAUCGGCUGAUCGCCUUGCAAAGACAACGUGGUUAACUGGCCCUAACUUUUUGUACAAGACAGAAGACUCGGGCUCAGAUUUCGAAUGUCAAACGUUUCGAUUGAUAGACCCUGAGGCAGACGAGGAGGUUCGUCCUGUGGUGACCACCCUUUCUACCAGCGUGUCGUCGCAGCGUCGGCUGGGUGCUCACAGAUUCGAGCGGUUUUCGAGAUGGACGAUUCUCAUUCGAACAAUAGCGAAUCUUCUGCACAUCGCUCGCUCAUUUCAUUCUCGGGGUGAUACUGCAUCGGUGUCCUGUCGACACUGGCACAUUUUCCUCGAGCCCCGGACUAAUGAAGAACUUUCCGCUGCGAAGAAACUCGUCUACAGAACCGUCCAAGGCGAAAUGUUCUCGAGUGAUCUUCGAUGCAUCCAAAAUGAGCACAGACUACCAAGGGACAGCCCACUUUGGAAGUUGAACCCCUAUAUGGACGAGGAUGGCGUCAUGAGAAUCGGAGGACGACUUCAGAACUCGACACUUGACCAAGACGAACGGCACCCUGUCAUCAUGCCCCGUCGACAUCAUAUUACUACACUACUGGUCCGACACCAUCACGAAAGGGUUGAGCAUCAAGGCCGCCAUUUCACUGAAGGUGCAGUCAGAGCGGCAGGAUUGUGGAUUGUGGGAGCAAAAAGCUGCAUCGGCUCGAUGAUUCACAAGUGCGUCAAAUGCCGCAAACUGAGGAGCAGACCUCAGAAGCAAAUCAUGGCUGAUUUGCCAAGAGACAGACUUAGCAUGGACCCACCGUUCAUUUAUGUGGGCCUCGACGUGUUUGGACCAUGGAAGGUUAAAGCGCGCAGAACUAGAGGUGGACUCGCACAUAGCAAAAGAGGUCCGGUUAAACUGCUGCGGUCCGAUUGCGGAACCAAUUUCGUCGGUGCGUGCAAAGAGGUAAAGAUCAACACUGCGUCACCUGGCCACAACGAUGUUGGCAAAUAUCUGCAAACUCAAGAAUGCACGUGGGUUUUCAAUCCCCCUCACGCCUCUCACAUGGGUGGUGCUUGGGAGCGCAUGAUCGGGAUUGUUCGUCGCAUCGUGGACUCUGUGCUUCUAGGCACGAACAAGUCAAUGAUUUCACACGAUAUGCUUGUCACACUCUUUGCGGAGAUCGCAGCGAUCGUAAAUAGCAGACCUUUGACUCCGGUGUCAACAGAUCCGGAAAACCCAACGAUUUUGACUCCAAGUAUGAUUCUCACUCAGAAGACGGGUAGAAACCCUCCACCUCCUGGAGAAUUUGGGCGUGACAAUGUCUACCGACGGCACUGGAAACAAGUGCAGUCAAUGGCCAACACCUUUUGGGACCGCUGGAGGAAGGAAUAUCUUCCAAUAUUGCAGGGCCGUCGCAGGUGGCAAACAGCUCAACGAGACGUCCGAGAAGGUGACAUUGUCUUGCAGAAGGAUAAGGAUGCCGAGAGAAAUGAGUGGCCUAUGGGUCGCGUUAUCAAGACUCUACCCAGUUCUAACGGGAGGGUGCGUAAGGUAGAGCUUAAGAUCCACAAGAACGGACUAGUGAAGGUUUUCCAGAGACCCAUUUGUGAAAUUUUCCUUUUAUUAAGUGAUCAUGAACUGUGA